UCUUCCGGUGUCAAUUUGAUUAAUUAAUUUAGAACAGAGAUCUGUCAGCAAAGUACCAAGCCAAGUGCAGAAAUGAAGAGAGUAAAAACAGAGAUCUGUCAUUGAAAGAGUAAAGUGCUGCCAGCUGCACGAACAGAACAGAAUCAGAAACUGCGACUUAAUCAAAAGUCUUCAAAUGUUGGAAAGUAAGAGAGAGAAACGAACAAACUCAAAAAAAUCCAAAACACAGACCUGAACUGAACCGAACUGAACCCUAUUUCUCUGAAUUUUUCACAAACAAACACACUUCUGGCCUUUCUCUGUUUCUGUCUCUAUGUUUUGCAGUACAAGUCACAAUCUUUGACACUUGUCUUUAUUGUGUCAAUGAAUAUCAUCUCUAUUUCAUAGACUUUGAAAUUCAUCAAGCUAGUUUUUUUGUUUCUUCAUUGUUACCAUCUUAAUUAGCAUCACAAAAUGCAAUCGGAUGGGUCCGAAUCCGAGACCCACAUCACCCAUCAGCGGGUUCAGUCUCAGUCUCUUUCUUCUUCAGAUACAAGAGGAAAACAUAGAAUACAUGCUGAGCUUAAAAGGUUGGAACAAGAAACAAGGUACUUAGAGGAAGAGCUGGAAAAACUUGAAAGGAUGGAUAAAGCAUCAACAUCAUGCAAAGAAUUGCUGAGUAGUGUACAAACAAGACCCGAUCCUUUGCUUCCAUCAACAAUUGGUCCCUUAAAUCGCUUAUGGGAUCGGUGGUUUGAAGGCCCCCAAGAUUCGCAAGGCUGCAGAUGCUGUAUUCUUUGAAAAUAACUACUCAGUAUUUAUUUGGAUUGAUUUAUUUGAUCUUAUGUACCGACACGAAUAAGUUGUUUUCAGCGUAUUUCCAUAAACUUUUCAGGAUAGUUUAUGAAAACAGUUUAUAGCUUAGAUUAAAACAAUUUGACUUUAUUUUAUCUUUUGUUAUAGAUUAUAGAAAUAGUGUAUAUAUAAGCAUUUGAUCUCCAAUUUUCUGGAAGGAUUAUUUAUAUGCAUUACAGCUAUUAUACAGCUAUUGCAAUAA